GAAUUAACCCAGUAUUAAAUAUAUAAAACAAACAAUUACUGACACACCAGUUAAUAAUAAUUCCACUGUGUAGCCCGCCGUAAGUAGGCCGCUUACAAACAUUCAACAGUACGAAACAGCAACUAACAUGAAAAUAAUUGAACCCUUAUUAUACAGUAAUUUAAGGUUGUUUUCUCCGAUAUUUGUCAUUUUUCUAAUAGCACUUUUUGUCUACCACUGGAGAAGAAGAUGGCUUUAUUACUAUUCUUCAAAAAUACCAGGACCAUUUCCAGUGCCUCUAGUGGGAAAUAUUAACUUAGUUACAGGAGGAGCUUUCGAAAUUCACAAAUUUUUAAGAAAUCUUUUCACCGACUAUCCUAAUAUUGUAAAAACGUGGGUUGGACCUUAUCUGUACGUGAGCACGACAGAACCGGAAUAUAUAAAAUUGAUAUUGACUCGGUUCUUAGAUAAAGGAAACUAUUAUCAUUUAAUGACGGGCUAUUUCCGAAGAUCGCUAGCAGCAGCUCCACUUGAAUUGUGGAAACAAAAUAGGAAAAAUAUUAAUCCUACGUUUAAUAUUUCACUUAUCAACAGUUUCGUUGACACGUUCGCCAAACACGCUAAAUUGUUUACUGAAAAUUUUGACGAUGUGUGUGGAAAGGAAGCCGUUGAUGUAUUUCCAUCGAUCUGGAAAUGUACGCUCGAUGCCGGUUGUGAAACUUUAGCAGAUGUAAAUCCGUCUUUAAUUAACACUCAGCAGUAUGUAGCAGGAAUUUUCAGAAUGGAAGAAAUUCUGUUGAGACGUUUUUUCCACCCACUUUUGCAUUUUGAUAUUUUCUGGAGCUUAUCUCCAUUAAAGAAAGAAGUAAAUACACUUUGGAAACAAAAUUGCUCUUGCAUCCAAAGGAUGAUUGAUUUGAUGGAAUCUAAAAGUACUCAAGACGAUAAUGAAAAUGCAUCUACAAAGAAACGUUUCUUAACCCAUAUGAUGAAUUUAGAUCGCAACCAAGAAAUACCACACGACUACGUGCUUGAAGAAAGUCAAAUUAUGUACUUUGUUGGAACAGAAAUAUCAGCUGCUGUACUCAGUUCCACUUUACUAGUACUCGGAAUGAAUCCAGAUGUGCAGACAAAAAUCGAUGAAGAACUGAAUGCUAUAUUUGGCGACAGCGACAGAGAUCCAACUCUGGAGGAUGUACACCAGAUGCAAUAUUUGGAUAGAGUACUCAAAGAAACGAUGAGAUUAAUUCCACCCCUACCUUUCGUUAUGAGAUCUAUAGAUGAAAAUGUUCACUUAGGUAAAUACGUUUUACCUACGGGUACCAAAGUUAUCAUUCCUAUCGCUAUGGUACAUCGACGACCAGACUUUUGGCCUGAUCCAGCGAAAUUUGACCCUGAUAGAUUUUUGCCAGACGAGGUAGAAAAGCGACCGGUUUGCUCUUACAUACCAUUUAGUUACGGUGCUCGAAACUGUAUAGCUUAUAAAUAUGGGUUAUUGUCAAUGAAAAUAAUUCUGUCUACAUUUUUGAGAUCCUACAAAGUUACAUCUUCAAAUUACAAGUCCAUAGAAGACAUGGAUUUUCUCAUACAGGUUGUUGCAAGACCUAAGAAUGGUUACAAAAUAACCGUAGAGAAAAGAGAAAGAAAAAGUAAUUGCUGAGCAAGUUGCGGCUUUUUUCAAUUAACUGCUUCAGACAUACCAAGCUAUGAUACAUGGGAUAUGAUUUUUUGUAUUUUUUAGAAAAUUUGGUUAUAGGGUGUGUUGUAAAUAUCGUAUUUUUAA